AAGUUUGGCAUUUGAGUCUGUUUUUGGGAAGGUGACAGUCUUUGUUUGUGUUACGACCUUACCCGGAACAUAACCCGUAUCACUACUAAACUGUUUUGUGGAGAUGCAAAGCAUGACUGAUAGACAGCGAGAGUUGUGUGGCAAAGUCAAGAAUGCGAGAUAUCUCGGGCUGAAUGGGAAGCAGAUUGACGAUGCGGGAGCGCAAGCGAUUGCUGAGGCACUCAAAGUGAACACGACGCUGACGCAGCUCAUUCUGUGGCAGAAUCAGAUUGGCGAUGUUGGAGGGCAGGCUAUCGCUGAAGCACUCAACGUGAACAAGACACUGUCUUGGCUCGAUCUGUCCCAGAAUCAGAUUGGCGAUGCUGGAGCGCGGGCUAUCGCUGACGCACUCAGAGUGAACAAGACACUGUCUUGGCUCAAUCUGCAACUGAAUCAGAUUGGCGAUGCUGGAGCGCGAGCCAUUGCUGAGGCACUCAGAGUGAACACGACGCUGAACAAGCUCUUUCUGGAAGAGAACCAGCUUGGCGAUGCUGGAGCGUACGCAAUCGCUGAAGCACUCAAAUUGAACAAGACGCUGUUUCGGCUCAAUCUGUACAACAAUGAGACUGGCGAUGUUGGAGCACAGGCGAUUGCUGAAGCACUCAAAGUGAACAUGACAUUGAAGGAGCUCAAUCUGGAGAAGAGUCAGAUUGGUGACAUUGGAGCGCAGGCAAUUGCUAAAGCCCUCAAAGUGAACACGACGGUGACUGAGCUCGACAUUGACGAUCAGAUCAACUCUCUUGCAACCUUGCGUCCACGAUUGGCAACUGCUGAAGACCUUCACAACGUGUUUCACUUGCUGACCAGCGAACCGGCGCUUGAUGAUCAAUCGGCAGCUCUGCCCGCACUACCAACCGAGCUUGCCGAGCUCAUUAUGGACAAAGCGCACUACUGGCAAGGCGUGCAGCAUACCAAACGAGAAUGGUUUCAUGUCGAUACCCCCGACCGCGUUCUGAAAGUCACUGUGCCUCAAGGAAAUUCAAUCCGUGUGAAAGCAAUUCAUGUGCUUCGUGACUGGCGCAAGCGUCCUGACAACACCGGUGAUUGUGUUUUCGAUUUGACAGUCCAAGAUGAACAAGGCGCUGUUCGAUACAAAUGCUCAGUGAAACCGACCCUCGUUGAUGCGAACCUCGAGCUUGUGACACUCCUGCCUGCCAACCAUCCUGUCAUCCGACAAAUGCGCGCGGGUUGGCAAGUUCAAGUUCGAGCCAGCAACGAUGCGCUAUUUGAAUGGCUUUAUGUUGGAUAUGUCUGACGACAGUUUUUGGAAUGUUUGUUGAAAGCCGCUUCCUUGCGUGCAUUGAGUGAAAGUUCCUGACAGUGCUCAGGCAAGGUUGAUUCUCAUAAAAGAAAGAGCCUCGAAAGAAGAGGUUGAAAUGCAAACAGCUCGUAGCUUCGGCAACUCCCAACGGGCGCUGAGUUAUUAUUCAC